AUGGAUGUACUUGGAGUUUCGAUCGGAGCUAUCUCUCUUGCCACUUUAUUCAAGACAUGUCUCGAACUCUUCGAGACGUUUGAAAAUGGUCGGAAUCUCGGAAUGGACUAUGAAAUUCUAUCUACAAAAGUUGGCAUUGAACGAGUUCGUCUCGCGCUAUGGGGAGAUGCCGUGGGCUUGACUAGACUGGUUCCAGGCCAGGGGGAAAAGCCCAACCAGAAUGACAGCGUAGACCCUCGGCUCGUUGAGCCGCGGAUGGUCAGAGCUGUUUCUGAUAUCCUGAGUUGUAUGCGACGGCUGUUCGAGGAUAGUGGCUCCCUUACGAGGAGGUAUGGUUUACAAGCGACGAAAACGACUGGGUCGAUUGCCACCAGCGAUGAGAAUAACGUAUUGUCUACGACAUUUCGCAAAACCUAUGUUCGUCUGCAAGUAUCUGCUUCGCAGAUUCAACGAAGCUCGUCCAUGGUCGCAGCGGUGAAAUGGGCUAUCAAAGACAAGAAGCGGUUCGAGCGCUUUGUUGAAGAUCUUCGCGGCUUCAAUGAUAGCCUGGCUUUACUCUUUCCAGAAAUAGAUGCAGAUUCACGUCAGAUCAUGGCAGAUGAGAUCAAGGCGUCAACAGACCUGAACGGUCUCCAGAUCGUCGAACAGGCUGUCUCUGACUUGGAUGGAGGAGAAUCACUUGUGGAAGCAGCGAGUGUCCGCAUUACCCAACUGUCUCAGUACUCCCAGAGCGUCGCCGAGAACCAAACUGUGGAGACUGAUGAUAGUAUUGUUGAGAUUGAUGUCAACCGCCUCACCAGACAACUGGGCAAGCUUGAGGCCUCCAUGAGCAAGCGAGUUGAGCUCCGAGGAGGGCUGCAAUUCAGUCUUGGUGCAGUCAAGGGAGGGGAUUGUUUCGCUGAGUACUCAUUUUAUGGUAUGGAUAGCAAUGACUAUAUGGUUGAGAGACAUAAAGAAGCUCAAUACGUCAAACAUUCUUACUUGGCAUGGUCAUUAAUGUACAUGUCCGACCGGGAAAGACAUGACCAGGCCGACUUCAGCCGACAGGAUAUAGAGUGCCAUCGUCUAUACGAAGGGAAGCUCCCUGGUACACGAAGUGUGAAUGGCUAUAUCGCCGAUUUCAAUACGUGGAUACAUGAUAACAACCCCGCAACCGAGCAAUUCUAUAACACCUUGGGGGCCUUGCCGGAAGUUCCAUUUGAGAAGCUACUCGACCGCGUGCGUCGCACACAGCUUCAAGGCGACCGGUAUUGGAAAGCCGACGAGCGUAACAAUCUCGAACAGCUUAUCGGUCCCGCCCGCAUGGGGUCCAGCCUGCAGGACCAAGUCAUAGAGUUGUUAAGCGUUCUCAAUCGCCGCAGAGACUUCCCGGACGUGCUUGACGGCGCCUCACUGGCUACCAUCGCCCUCAGCACAUCCGAUAGCCUUUAUAGCUUCCUUCUGGAGGUGAUACUAGCUCACGAACUACGCAUGCGCAUGCAGCGACUCUCUGAUAUUGCUUUUGGCAACGUGAGUCGUCGAAUUGUCGCCGCUAUACACGCUUCAGAACGCUGGCUUGACGGUGUCCAUGUCAAGAUGCCCGACCCGAAAGGGAAACCCAACUAUGUCGAACUCCAUAGCCUUGUCCAUGAACGACAAGUUGAAGGACUUGUUCGUUUUGCCGAAUUGAUGGCGUGGCCAGCUCUUGGGGAGAUGCGCGUCUUUACAGAAGAAGCAUACGCCAGUAUCAGGUCGGGUAUGAAUAGCAGCACUCAUCUCUGGGACUGGCUAUAUGGCCUCAUGCUCCCAGGGAAUGCCUUCAUUUUUGCGAUCAUGGCUGCGGUAGUCGCAGCCACACCAAGUUUGCAGCGCCUGGGAGCGGCUGCAUAUUACACUUCGGGGCUAGUACUUAAAGACCGAUCAUACUGGCGGGCCAAAACGGUGUUGGGCCGUGUUUUGGGCGGGAUGCAGGGGGUCAGAGCGGCCAAUGGCUGGGUUGGGCCAUGCCCGGCUCCGGUGGAUGUCCGAGAUGGGGCGAUCAAGGAGGGUUGGUGGCGUGUCCACGCAAGAGAUGUGGCCUUCAAUCGCUUUAUGGCCAGUGAUCAAUCUGCGAAUGAGGGUCGGUUCGCUCCGUUCCAUGGCCGCGAAGAUGGUUCAAGUGCGGCAGAUUGGAUUCGUGGCAUGGGCGACCGUUCAAAAUGGGCAGUACCUAUCGGGCCGUCUGAAUCAUCAGAUCGCGUCGAGUUUCGCGCUGUGCGCUUCCAAAAGCAGGGUUCAGCCUUGCAAGGCAGCUCAUCACCUGCACAAGGCACAAUCCAGACGGACAAUGAGGAUGAUGAUGGAGAGCCAGAACGAAGGGCUAUUCUGGAGAUUAUUAUCAAUGACCGCCCAGUUCACUUCACCCUCUAUAGCAACCCCGUAUUUGUUGCGGCGCCAGCAUGUAUAGAUGGACCUCAUGCUGUCCGUCAGCAAGAUCUUCCCAAGAUGCAACACAUAUUGAGAACGAGUCAACUUCCGGACUAUGUUCACACUGACAAGAGGGUGCUCAUCAUUGAUGCCACUGGGAAGGGAGAAUGUGAGCUAGUCGCGCGGGCAUGGUGCGCUCAAAACGGACAACAUGCCAUCCUCGUGAGGGGACAAGGGGCAUGCUUUGCAUGUGCAGUUAAGGCUGCCAGUCAGGGCGGUCUUGUCAUAGGCUGCGUUAUCUGGUCAAUGUCGUGA